AAAGGCAGUGCACAUAAUUGUGUACGCUUUUUUCUUUAGAUAUUUUUGUUCGAAUAUCGCGGCACAAGCGCUGCCGAUUGAAGCGAAUAUUGUAGCAGAAAAAAAUUUAAAAAAAAACAUAACAAAAUAACUUGGCAUACAGCAAUAAAAUAUUAAAGAAUAAUAUUAAACGGUUUGAAAAAUCGCGUGUAAAAUGGCUCCGCAACAAAAAUAAAAGGUGUGUGUGUAUGUGUGUGAGAGAGAGAGAGAGAGAGAGAAACAAACAAACAAACAAACAGACAGACUAUAAGAGACACUUAGCCAGCGCUUUGGCAACGACAAUUCAAAUCUUCGAACUCUACAUCCACUUGAGAGUAGCAAUCACCCACCAGCGCUGACAAUGCAGAUUGCCGGCUGCUGCCGUUUGUGGGUCACCAUUAUCGCCAUCAUCUUCAGCUUUGGUGUUGGCAGCAGAAUCUGUGAGUGCGAGGGCGCGUUGGCUUCUGUUGGAUCUGCUGGCGACAUUGGCAAUUGGAACACAGUAAGGAGAAACGAUGAUCCGGAAAUUCAGGAUGAUCGCUUGGACAUCAGGCUACUAAACAAUGCCAGCAGUGAAGAUAGUCCCCCAAUGACGAAACCAGCAAUACCAAUCAUAAGCGAAGGUAUGCCACGAAACGCCACCAUCAUGGAGGAUGAGAAUGUCAGCUUUAAGUGUGCUGUGGAGCCGUCACAAAUGGAGAAAACACGCUUUCUCUGGUAUCGACAUCCGUACGGAACCAAUCGUACCAGAGCCGAAGCGGAGGCAAAUCUGAGUCAAGCCCGAAGGAUGGGCACCUUUAAGCCCACAGAACAUAUUCUGCAGCUGGGCAAGGUGGGGCCCAGAGAUGUGGGCUGGUACACUUGUAAGGCGUACAAUGCAAAUGGAUAUAGCCUGGCUAGCGCAUACCUGGAGGUAUUGCCAAAGAACCGAGCAACUUCGACAACAACCUCAGUGAUAACAUCAACAACAACAACAACCACAACGACAACGGUCACGCCUUUAAAGCUAAUUGGCCAUGUCGGAGGUGCGGAGCAUGGAUAUAGUGCUCCGGUAUUUAAGAAGCCAGAUAGCAUGCAAUAUCUGCAACAUUUAAAUUCCGGAGAAUCCUUGAUGCUCAGCUGCCCGGUAAAUGGCACACCCGCUCCCAUCGUUACGUGGACACGUAAUGGGGAAGAAGUGAAGCGCAUAAACGGCAAUUUGUUGAUCAAAAAGUGGUCGAUACGCAUGGAUAAUGUCGUCACCGAUGACAAUGGUAUUUACAAAUGUGAGGCGUGCAAUAUCCUCGGCUGCAUCAACUUUAAUUUUAGCGUCGCUGUUAACAAUCGCCUACGCCAUCCGCCCAUCAUCAGUGAUAAAUAUCCGCAAAAUCAGACGGUUUUGGUCAACACCACCGUCAUAAUGGAGUGUCGCGUCUUGUCCGACCUGGAGCCAAAGAUUGGAUGGAUACGCUUGUUGCGUGGCAAUCGCUUUGUACCACAUGAUCAGAUCAAUGAUACAAGUGUUCGGCGCAUCGUAUUCAAUGCAACAGAUGUGCCCCAUAAGCUGAUACUGAAGAACGUGACGCACGCACAGGCGGGCUGGUAUGUAUGCUUGGCCUCGAAUGGGCUCGGCGAGACCAUGGCCAGUGCCUAUCUGGAUGUCAGAGAUCGACUGCCCUACCAGCAACUACUGCGCUCCCAUCCAGUCGAGGUAACUGUUGCUGCUGUCGUCCUUGUUGCUCUCUUCGUACUCGGAACCUCGUUCACAGUCUAUAUGCUGCGGCGUAUGCGACGCGAUAAACUGCUUAAGCAUCGCAUUGAAACGGUCCACCAAUGGACCAAGAAGGUUAUCAUCUAUCGAGCGCCCAGCGUAGAUGGGAACUCGUGUGGGGCUAGCGACUUGCAGAUACCCAUCAUAAAGAUUGAGAAACAGCGCUCCACAUUCUCCGCCACGGGUGGCAAUAUGGAUCCGACACAACCAUUUAACGAGUACGAGUUUCCGUUAGACUCCAACUGGGAGAUACCUCGUGAGCAGCUGGACUUGGGAUCCACGUUGGGCGAGGGCGCAUUCGGCAGAGUUGUGAUGGCCGAGGCCGAUGGCAAGCUGCUUGGUCCGAGCGAUACAAACGAGAGAAUUGUGGCCGUUAAGAUGGUUAAGGAGGAGCACACGGAUGCGGAUAUGGCCAGUCUUGUGCGCGAGAUGGAGGUAAUGAAGCUGAUUGGCAAGCAUAAAAACAUUAUCAAUAUGCUGGGCUGCUGCACCCAAAACGGUCCCCUCUGGGUUAUCGUCGAGUAUGCGCCGCACGGCAACCUAAAGGAUUUUCUGCGGGAGCAUCGUCCGCGCGGACAGCAGCGACGCAGUGAGAGCGAUGGCUACCUGGAUGACAAGGCGUCGCAGCAGCAUUUCGGCGAGAAAGAGCUAACCGGGUUUGCCUAUCAGAUUGCUCGUGGAAUGGAGUAUCUGGCUUCCAGACGGUGCAUUCAUCGGGACUUGGCGGCGCGCAAUAUACUUGUCGGUGAUGGUUAUGUUAUGAAAAUAGCCGACUUUGGGUUAGCUCGUGAUAUUCAGGACACCGAAUAUUAUCGCAAGAAUACCAAUGGACGUCUGCCCAUCAAGUGGAUGGCUCCGGAGUCAUUGCAGGAAAAGUUCUACGACUCGCAGAGCGAUGUAUGGAGCUACGGUGUAUUAUUAUGGGAGAUCAUGACCUAUGGCGAUCAGCCUUAUCCACAAAUUAUGUCUGCCGAAGAGCUGUACAGCUAUCUGAUAACGGGUCAGCGAAUGGAUAAACCAAAUCAAUGCUCCAUCAAUAUAUAUAUAGUGAUGCGGCAGUGCUGGCACUUCGAUGCAUGUGCAAGGCCCACCUUUACCGAACUGGUGGAUAACUUGGAGGGUAUACUCAAGCAGGCUAGCAGUAAUCCCAACGAUGCUUAUUUAGAUCUCUCCAUGCCCGUUCUGGAGACACCGCCAUCAUCUGACUAUGAGGAUGAUGCGUCCGAUACUGAGACUUUACCACAUAGAUAUCAAUAUACCUAUAAGUUUAACUAAUCAUAGGAGGCAGGUUGGGGAGGGCCUGUGGCAACUGCGUUACUCGCCAAACGAAUUGUGGCUUUAAUUUCAGAAAUUUCAUCCAGCAACAAAAUACUCAUCAAUAAAUCAUCUAAGCUGUAACAAACAAAACUAAUCAAUCAUUUUGUUGUCCUA